AUGGCGCGAGACUCCACACCGAACUGCGAAGAAUCCGCAAGGCCAGGAGACAGCGCCGAAGGGCGCACGGAAGAAGUCGGAGAAGCAGACGCAUCCGGAGCUGAGACACUCGAGGAAAAAGAAGGAGAGGCUGAAGACGGAGAGGCUGAAGACGGAGAGGCUGAAGACGGUGAGGCUGAAGACGGAGCGGCUGAAGACGGAGCGGCUGAAGACGGAGAGGCUGAAAAUGGAGAGGCUGAAGAUGGAGAAGCAGAAGACGAGGAUGAAGACGAAGAGACAGAAGAAGAGGAUGACGACGAAGAGACAGGAGGAGAGGACGAAGACGAAAAGACAGAAGGAGAGGAUGAACACGAGAAGACUGAAGGGGAGGAUGACGACGAAGGCAGGGUAGCAGCAGGAGAAGGACCGAGACCAGAGGAGGUAGAAGAAGAGAAUGAAGACGAAGAGAGAGAAGGAGAGGAUGAAGACGAAGAGAGAGAAGGAGAGGAUGAAGACGAAGGCAGGGUAGCAGCAGGAGAGGGACCGAGACCAGAGGAGGUAGAAGAAGAGAAUGAAGACGAAGAGAGAGAAGGAGAGGAUGAAGACGAAGAGAGAGAAGGAGAGGAUGAAGACGAAGGCAGGGUAGCAGCAGGAGAGGGACCGAGACCAGAGGAGGUAGAAGAAGAGAAUGAAGACGAAGAGAGAGAAGGAGAGGAUGAAGACGAAGAGAGAGAAGGAGAGGAUGAAGACGAAGAGACAGAAGGGGAGGAUGAAGACGAAGAGACAGAAGGAGAGGAUGAAGACGAAGAGACAGAAGGGGAGGAUGAAGACGAAGAGACAGAAGGAGAGGAUGAAGACGAAGAGACAGAGAGAGAGGAUGAAGACGAAGAGACAGAAGGGGAGGACGAAGACGAAGAGACAGAAGGAGAAGGACCGAGACCGGAGGAGGCAGAAGACGCUGGAAAAGAUGAAGCGGCAGAAGAGGGAGGGGAUGAGGGAGCAGAGGGAGGAGAUUGA